GAGAGAGGUUGAAUGGCAGAGGAGGUAUGAGGAGAGAAAGGGAGGCAGGGGUAGACACAGGGAACAGAGGGUAGAGUGAGCUAUACUGCAGUAGAAUGAGGGUUAGAGUGAAAGAGAGAGCAAAGAAGCAUUUGAGCUGCCAGCCUUUCGCACGCCAUACAGGAUCCGUCGCUUUCUGAAGAGGCUAUAGCCUAGAAGACGAAUCCACCGUGGAGGCGAGAAGGAGAAGGAGGAGGGGGGCUGAGGAGGAGGAAGCCAGAGGUUCUACACACAAGAUGGCUGCUGUGUCCUCUGCCUCUGACACUGGGGACCCCAGGGGCCGACACCCCCCUGAGCGCAGACUGCUGAUCCUUGGGGGGCCACAGUCUGGUAAGACCUCCACCGCCAACAGCAUCCUGGGUGAUGAGGUCUUCGACGUUGGGACAGAGACUACUCACAGCAACGUUGGCCAGACGGAGAUCUACGGCCGACGGGUCACCGUGGUGGACACCCCGCCAUGGGCCAUCCCCAGCGACCUGGAGGAAAACCCAGAAGCUGACAGCAACGACAACGCCGGCGCAGAGUCGGAAAACCCGACGCAGCCCCCGCCGAGCCUGGACUGCGAGGGGCCGUGCAUGGGGGCCAUUCUCUGCCCUCCCGGACCCCACGCCAUCCUGCUGGUGGUGUCGGUCACCCAGCCUUUCACUGACACGGAGAGGAGGGCCGCAGAGGAGCAGCUGGGGGCCCUGGGUGGAGGGACCUGGAGGUACUCCAUGGUGGUCUUCACCGGGGUGGACAAGCUGCCCAAAGGGGUCUUCAUUGAGGAGCAUAUAGAGAACACUGGCGAGUCCCUGCAGUGGCUGGUGGAGAGAUGUGGAAGCAGGUACCACGCCUUCGAUAACACUCGGAAAGACACAGAGGACAACACACAGGUCCCAGAGCUGAUGGAAAAGGUGGAGGAAAUGAUCACUGACAAUCAAGGCUGGUACUUUGAGGUGAACGAGUUGAUUUUACUGGAGGAAGAGCAGGCCAGGAGAGCUCUGGACGAGGAGAGGAUGAGGAUGGAGGAGCAUGUCAGACAGAGGGAUCAGAUGAUUGGAGGACCUCCCAGAGAGUUGAGACUGCUCUUGUUAGGGUGGAAGGGGGUUGGAAAGAGCUCGGUGGGGAACUCCAUUCUGGGCCGUCGGUACUUUGAGUCGGGCCAGGAGACGGAGUUGUGCCUCAGGAGGCAGGCGCUAGUAUCCGGCCGGCGGAUCACAAUCGUCGACACCCCAGGCUGGGAUUGGUUCUCGGUGAGGCGAACCCCGAAGCGCAUCCGCCAAGAGUCCCAGCGCGGAGCUGCCCUCCUUCGACCUGGACCCCACACCCUGCUGCUGGUCCUCCCCGUUGUCUCGUCUCUCACAGCCAGGAAGAGGCGGACUCUCCUGUCUCACAUAGAGACUCUGUUCGGUGACAGUGCGUGCCUCCACACCAUGGUGCUGUUCAGCUGUGGUGAUUGGCUGGGCCGCACGCCCAUCGAGGAGCACAUUCUCAGAGGUGGGAGGGAGCUGCAAAGACUACUGGAGUUCUGUGGGAACUAUUACCACGUCCUGGACAGUAAGAUCCCUGGCAAGGACAGAAGUGUGUCAGUCCUGCUGGAUAAGAUGGAGGAGAUGAUCAGAGAGAACGGGGACAAGGCCUUCCUGCCCAUACAGACCGAGUGGUUGAGCGAGGAGAGCUCUUACUCUUCUGACAACACCGAGCCUGAGGACGACUGUCGAGGAUGCCAACUACAGUGACACGAUCACACUAAAAGCAAAGUGGUCCCGUUUUCUGUCCUUGUUCCCGGUCUUCAACAGGCCCAAACACCACCUCACGUAACUUAAACCUCAUCUAGACAUCCCCGAUCCGACUCCGAAGAGUUUUUAGGGGAAACAAACGACUUGGAACGGGAAGUCUCGUCCCGAGGAGCUCUGUGUUAGAACCGAACCGAACUGAUCACCGAGAGAAAAAAACUAGACCAGGACUGAAAGCGCAAACUCUCCUCCAGCCCCAAGAGGAGGAGAAAAAUUCAGCUUCUGCUUCAAGGGACCGGAGCUGGAUCCCUGUCCAUGAGCAUGUACACAGAUAUCAACUGCUGCUAAAGAGACCCUGUUUUAACACUGCAGAGUAAAGAAUUGCUCGUCAUUGUAACUACGUCUAUCAGACUACACCGAUACAAAAAGAAAGCAUAAAAUCAAAACCAAAAGAAGACAACGUUAUCAUGACCAGUCAGAUUUGUCUGCAGUUAGUUUGUCAGUAUUGAUUAUUGGAAGACCAAGACUGAUGACUUGUGUCAUGAAUUUGGACUGGACUUUACAACGCAGUCAUCCCCUUCUACAUCAAGUGCCAUUGCUGUCAUUCGCUUCAAAUUAGUUUGAAUCAAAAAAGCAUUCAAAGGAAAUGGUUUGAGUGAAAGCGACCGAAUACCAAACCGAAACAUGGACAGUGUGACAAACAAUAAUCAUGUGUGCGCACGAAUGUAAAAGAAAGAAAAAAAAAGAGAGGAAGGUCCUGAGUUGUUUGUGGCCCUCAGUAUCAUAAAAGUACACAUUGAGACACAAGUGAUAGUUCAAUUCUCAGCGUUAACAUUUGAUUGGUUUCUGCUCAGGGAGUCAGGGUUGAAUCGCUUCCUCCAGGGCAAAAUCUGCUACAUUUACAGAAACGCUGAUUAAUGCUGAUUGCUAAACUGCAGAUGUAAGUCACAUAUUAAUUCAGAGUGGAGUUGUCCUGUGAGUAUUUGCUCUAGUUUGCUGGAAGUAGAAGAGAGUCAGUGUUUGCACUUCUGGUUGUAAUUGGUUCCAUUGGUUCUCGCGUGCUGAAAAACUAAAUUGUAUCCAUCUACAGAAGUAAAUCUAGUCCAUCUGAGCCCACCUCCGCCGUGGUCAUUCAUGCUCACGAGGAGCUCGGGACAGCUGCAGGAAAUUGGCCGUAUUGAAACUGUGUGCCACGUCAGAUCCCUGCGGAGCGGCUCGGGCUGGCUCUGUUUCGCUGUCCGCGGUCACGCAUCCAGUGCAUUUAUCGACAACGUAGAUUCAGCUACGUGCCUCAGCAUCAAAGCGUGAGAGUGGGAGUGCUGUGCAGCCCUGCGGCAGGGCAGUAUCCUAUAGGCUACAUCAAGCUUUUAGCAUGCUACUGAAACAACAUAACCUCAUGAACCAUUUGAGCUCACAUAGGGCUUUUACUACCUUUUUCUACAUCAGUGAGACAUCUGUUCAAUUGCGAUGUUUUGAAAAUAAAUAAAUA